GGAGUGCCAAACCGGUUUCCAAUAUCAUUUGCACAUGACAAGUGCGUCUUUUAAGUCUUCAUGCAAAGUGUAGGAAAUAUCGCUCACAUGUGUGACAUUCACUAAGAGACAAGUAACAUUAGAUAGUACUCCUCACUACCCCGCCUUAUCAGGUUCAAUGUUCAGCCCGGGUGUCGCAAAUACACCGCCACGCACACGUGUGUGAUAACAACCUGUCUUCGUGAGGACCAAAGGACUAACGGCAUGACAAGAACACUAAAGUGUUUCGCAUUGCUGCUCAUCAUUGUCUUCCUGAUUCUGGUUUGCGAGCUGUUUAUCAUGGACAAGUUGAGCCUCAACCUCUUCUCUUUUCAGUUCCUAAGCCCUAGCGAAAACUGGAGACAAUCACCGGUUGUCAUCCCUGACAGCAAUAUUUCUUUGCCGACGUCAAAUUCUACGUUGGACACCAUCACGUUCUUGGCGACCAACACCUGGGGUGCAAAAAAUGAAACUCCGGCAGCGGAACUUACGGCGACGUUUGACGUUGUCCACCAUAGCAGCUUCCACAUCCUGACUGCACUGACCAGUUCAUCUUCAACCACCGGUCAUCCUGUCACCACUCCUACUAAAGGUCAGGCGUCGCAAAGCUCCUACACCUCCCCACGUGGCAUAAAUACAACUGGAGUCACUGUACCGUCGGACCAGCUCAUCGCAACCAAAGUCUUGUGUAUCAGUUUUGUGGGCCGACUAGGAAAUCAACUCUUCCAGUACGCAUCCCUUUUGGGCAUAGCUCUUAGGACGAAACGGAUACCUGUUUACCUGGGGAAGACUCUUCUGUCGGAUGUGUUGAGAAACACUUCACUGAUUGACACUUCUUCCCGCUACGCAGAUCGGUGUAAGGACUUUCUAAAGGAAGCAGAUGGUUGUAAGUUUUUCCCGAAGUAUUUCGAGCUGGACUCUAAGAGAGAUUACAGGAUCGGGGAGUAUCUUCAGUCCUGGCGAUAUUUCACCGAACACGAAGCGGAAGUACGUCACGCGUUGACGUUUACAGACACGAUUGUGUCUCAGGCUAAUCAAACAGUUGACGCCCUCAGACAGAAAUUUAAUCGCACACUGACAGGCAUCCAUGUACGCAGAGGGGACUAUCUAAGAAAUCCACGUUCUGGAUACAAGGCAGCACCUGUAGAAUACCUGUUGCAUGCCAUGGACUACGUCAGAAAAAGAUUCCAUGACGUCGUUUUUGUCGUUUCUUCAGAUGACCUCAAAUGGUGUAGUCAGCAGUUUGCUAACAAAAGUGACGUCACAUUUCUGCAGCGUCAGUCAUCGCCUGCAGUUGACAUGAUGAUUCUUGCGUCACUGGAUCACAUGAUCAUGACGGUGGGGACCUACGGGUGGUGGGCGAGUUUUCUGAACCGCGGGAUUACUGUCUACUAUCGAGACUUUGUUAAUCCGGGUACAUUUCUAUCAACACGCUUCAACCCAAACGGAACGGACCACUACUGUCCAGACUGGAUUUCCUUGUCCUGACUUUAAUCAGUUGUCCACAACGGGUAACGUUUUA